UAGCAGAAGCUAAGCCAAUAGUUUGCUCCUAGGAUGCAAAAGGCCAACUGCUGAGUCAUCCACCACUGACCGUGAGAUCAAUCCUCAUCAACCACGUUUCUUCCAAGGCAGGAUUGAUGGUAUGCUGCAGGAAUUCGAGUGAUGCCCAGCAUGGCGAAGCUGGUGAGGCUGUACGAAUCUCAUUGCGCCCUGGAUGAGUGCCUGUCUGGGCCCCUCGGGCAAUUGUCUUCGCCAGGUGUGCUGUACGGAAUUCCAGGCGUGCCGUCGUUGAAGUUCUUGGUUUUCCCAUCCAUCAGCCGAGAGUGAUGGGCCUCACAGACUGCGGAUGCAUGAUCGCCAGCUCAGACCAAGCAAUGACGCGAGAUGGCACUGUUGGGACCGGCCAGCCUUACCAGUACCGUCGUUUGCACUCUCGGCAGAUCCGUGAGCACGCCAGCAGGACUGAGUCAGCGGCCGCAUUGCCAUAUGCAGUCAAUGGUCAUGUUCAGUUG